AUGCUCCCUGAAGGGAAGCAGGCUGCAUCCAGAAUGCUAGGAACUCGGGCCUUUCCUUCUUGGCCCUUGCGCUGGUGGCAUGUUCGCUCUCUGUGUGCCGACUCUUCUUGCAGUGGGGUGUUGGCUGUUCUGGUGGUGCAAGCAACUGUAGACACUCAGGUUUGGGCGGACCGUUUCGCAUGCCUCAGCUUCCACAGCGUGGCAGCCGAGCAGCUGUUCAGCUCGGCGCUGUGCGUGGCGCACCUGCUGCGCCAGCGCCCUCCGGAUCCCUGCCCGCCUGGCGCCGUCUUCAUGCUGAGUGGCUACGGGCUGUGCGGCGAGCUGCGGGCGGCGGGGCUGAGCCUGGCCGGCGAGGAGCCGGGGCCCAUGCGCGCCAUGCUCGUGGGCUAUGGCGAGCACUUCACCUUCGCCAAGCUGAGCAAGGCCUGCACCCACCUGCGCGACCCCGACUGCCUCCUGGUGGCCACCGACGUGGACCCGUGGCACCCACUCAGCCACGGCCGCACCACCCCCGGGACGAGCCUGACUGCAGCAGUGGAGACGGCAUCAGGGCGCCGGGCAGUGGUGGUGAGGAAACCCAGCACCUACAUGUUCGAGUGUAUCACAGAGCAUUUUGGGGUGGACCCAGCUGGCACCCUGAUGGUGGGUGACCGCCUGGAGAUGGACAUCCUUUUUGGUCACCGGCUCACCCUCACUCGAGUCUCCAGACUGGAUCAGGCCCAGGCCUACUUGGCUGCAGGUCAGCUUGAGCUAGUGCCCCACUACUACGCGGACAGUAUAGCAGACUUGAUAGCAGGCCUGGAGGACUGA